GUCACGAGACGUCCCUGUCGACGAUCAUGUACGACAUGACGUUCGACAGGAAGUUCGGUGUGCAGAAGUUGGCGGCUGGCGCCAUCGGGCUUGGGGACGUGCCCGCGUGCGUGGCGACCUCGGGCGGGCGCCCGGGGCACGUGGCGGGCGCGGUGAGCAAGGUCGGUGAGAUCAAGCACGUCCACCGCAGCAUUGUGACGAAGGACCGGGGCGGUGGGGACCGGAGCGUCGAGGUGAUGGAGGUGGAGGUUGCGGUCGAGUCUCCGACGGCGUGCGUCCUUGCUGUGAACGUGCGGGGCAAGGGCGCGCGCGUGCUGCGCGGCGGUGUCUUGGAGCGGGCGCCGCCGUAUCCGGCGAUGGUGCACGGCUUGUCUUUGCGGCCGGCGGGGGAGGGGAAGCUGAAGGCGACGCUGAGGGGCGGCGGGGCCAUUCGGGCCAUGGAGGCUCCGGAGAUGGUGCGCUGGUACGAGUCCCUGGAGUUGGCGACUCGGGUGCAUCGGGCGCCGCCCUUGGCCGAUGCCGUGGCCGUGACUGGCGUUGGGUUUCGCAGCUUGCACGAGGCCAUCGAGGGCGGCAAUGCGGAGGAGGUGCACCACGUGAAGGUGGCGGCGUCGUUGGUGGACGUUUACCGCAAGAGAGCGCCUUUCUACGAAGCGUGUUUGGAGAAGACGGUGGAGGGGCGGACGUGCCACACCAAGACGGCGGCGGGCUUCUGCUGGCGGUGCGACAAGGAGGUGGCGAAUACGGAGCCGUUCAUGUUCGCGCGUCACGUGGCGGAGUUGGAGAGCGCGUCCGUCAGCGGUGGUGAUGCGGCGCGGAAGAACCUGGACGGCGUCGUGAGGGGGGCGAGGGAGGUCAAGUGGACGGUUGGGGUGAAGUUGGAGGGGUACGAGACGGAUGAUGGGGUGGUGGCGAGUGCGACCGUCUUCGAGGUGAAGACGGUGCUCAAGCGUUCGGCGGCGGAUGCGCUGGGAGGCGCCGGCGUGAGCACGGGGGCGGCGCCGGGGGCCGAUGGCCAGGCGGUGUCUCCGAGCGCGGCGUCGGCCUCGGGGGGUCGCGGCGAUCUAUUCGGGUUCGGCGGCGCCGAGGACGGCGGCGGGUUCGGGUUCGGAGGCGGCCCCCCUGGCGAGGCGGCGGGGUCUGGCGCGGCGGCAGCCUCGGCGGCUGGUGGCGAUGGGGCGCCGCAGCAGGAGGAUGACGCGGAGGAGUGA